AUGACAGCCUAUACACCCCCUUCGUCGAUUCUCAUAAUCGGCACAGGUGUGUUUUCUCUAAGCACCGCCCUCGCCCUUCUGAAGAGACCCGAAUACAAAAACACAACCAUAACUCUGCUCGAUCGCUCUCCCUUUCCUGCUCCAGAUGCCUCCUCCGUUGAUUCCUCGCGCAUUAUCCGUGCAGACUACGGUGAUCCCCUCUAUGCCGAACUUGCGGACUCCGCCCAGAAACAAUGGCGGCAGACAGGCGAUGAUGAACUUGGCGGCCAGGGUCGAUACUCUGAAAGUGGUUUAUGUUUAACCUGCGACACCUCAUAUGAGAACACCGGGCAAGGAUAUGUACGAUCAAGCUUUUCAAAUGUUCAACGGUUGAUAAAACAAGCUGGAGACACAGACGGAGUCUUAGAAUUGCCAUCAGCAGAGGCUAUACAGAAACUCUUCAAUGUAGGGCCAGGGAGUGGAGAAUGGGGAUACAUCAACCGACGAUCAGGAUGGGCUGAUGCGGGAGCUUCCUUAGUCUGGCUACGAAAAGAGGUUGAAAAGCUUGCCGACGAACGUGUAAAAUUUAUCGUCUCGGAAGUCACAUCGCUCAUCUUCUCUCCCGAUCAAAGCACGAUUCUUGGAGCCAACACUGCAUCUGGUACCCAAUACUUUGCCGACCUCACGAUUCUCGCAGCUGGGGCCUGGAGUGCCAAAUUCCUCGAUCUGCGCUCUCAGGUGCAUUCUAGCGGACAGUGUUUGCUAUACAUUGAUAUCACAGAUGAAGAACAGGAAAGAUACAAAGACAUCCCUGUGCUCCUAAACAUGGCUACUGGUUACUUUAUUCUUCCACCACGGAACAACAUUUUAAAAAUCGCACGCCACGCCCACGGAUACUCAAACCCAACUAUGAUUCCCCAUCCCCACCCCUCCUCCUCAGGCGAGAUGAUUAGCGUCUCUCUACCUCAAACAACUUACGACCACCCCGACAAUUGCGUCCCUGUCUCUUUCCAAAAGGAAGCCGCAAUAGCCCUCCACAGAUUCCUCCCCGAUCUUCCACCCCGUCCCUUCUCACACACAAGAGUGUGCUGGUACACUGAUACACCCACCGGCGAAUUCCUCAUCACCUACUGCGAUAAACCACAAAGUAGCGGCGGUCUUGGGCUUAAAGGUGUGUUUUUAGCAACCGGUGGUAGCGGACACGGAUUCAAGUUUCUCCCAGUGCUUGGAGAGAAGAUUGUGGAUGUAAUGGAGGGAAAGGAUGAGGUGUGGGAAAAGAAGUGGGGUUGGAAGAUUACGGAGGGGUGGGAUGGCAUGACGGACGAUGGGAGCCGGGCGGGUCCAAGGGGGGAGAAACUUUGUAAGUAG